AUGUUGGACCUCAGACAAGCAGCUCUUAUAAGUGCCUUUACAGCGGCAAUAUGUAUAGCUGUGUACAGACAAAUUGGCUCCUCGCUCAAAGAUGUGCAGCAUACGCCCGAAGAACAUACUUUCAUCUCUGCAAACGCUGGGGUAGAGGCCAAAGAAAGAAAACCAUUCUCUAAACCACCCUACCCGAUCAACGCCUUCCCUGGAAGCAGGCAGUUCAAGAGUGUAUAUGGAACAAUCCAAGUAUUUGAAUGGGGUCCUGAGGAUGGAGAGAAGGUCUUGCUGGUGCACGGCCUUGGCACACCUUGUAUAGCUUUGGGUGAUAUGGCGAAAGAGCUCGUUGGUAGCGGGUAUAGAGUCAUGAUAUAUGACUUGUUUGGCAGAGGCUAUUCCGACGCCCCGAAUGACCUGGCCUACGAUGCUAGACUCUACACUACCCAAAUCCUUCUUGUGCUCUCCUCCUCCCCACUAUCCUGGACUGGCACGUCCGCCUUCCACAUCAUAGGAUUUUCCCUCGGUGGCUCCAUCGCCGUGGCCUUCGCCGCCUACCAUGCCACCAUGGUUCGCUCCAUGACGCUCGUCUGUCCGGGAGGACUAAUCCGCACAUCGCACAUCAGCACUCGAAACCGAUUUCUAUACUCCUCUUCUAGGAUAAUUCCAGAGUGGCUGCGCCUCAAACUUUUCCGCGAUAGCUUGGAGCCUAGGAAUGGCGCACCGUGUGCUGAUGUCCCUGAGGAAUACGACGAAGUGGACUGGAACUUUGACGAAGUGCCUAUUGCGGUGGAUCGGCCAGAUAUAUCGAUCGGCGAUGUUAUCCGAUGGCAGUUAGCAGCAAACGCUGGCUUUGUGCAUUCGUACCUAAGUACCCUCCGCAGCGCUCUAGUUUAUAGACGACAUGACACGACGUGGAAGGUGUUGGCCGAUGAGCUAGCCUAUAGGCGGGCAAUGGAUGCUCCGCCGGGUCUGGGAGGUGGAAAGGUCUGCCUCAUAGUGGCUCAGAAAGACGCUAUUGUUGUGGGAGAUGAAUGUGAGCAGGAUGCCAUGGAAAUACUUGGGAUGGAGGCUGUGGAGACCUACGUCUUAAGUGGAGGGCAUGAAAUUGCCAUUUCGAGAGGCAAAGAUGUGGCUUUAAUGGCAAUAGAAUUCUGGAAUAGACGAUGA